GCCCCUCCCUGUGUACGUGCUCAUGCACAUUGUUCAGGGCGCGCUCACGCGAACCCCGAUGCUGCGUAAUUUGCGCGCCACCUUUCUCCAGAUACUCGGGACAAUUUUACCUUUCCCGGACUAAAGAUACAUGUUCCGUUAUCAGUCCCUUGAUGAAGAUUGUACCCUGGAGGAGGAGGAAGAGGAGGGUCUGGUAGAAGAGGAGGAUGAGAUUGACCAGUUCAACGACGACACCUUCGGGGCCGGGGCCAUCGCAGAUGAUGACUGGCAGGAGGAGCACAAGCGCCUCUCCGGGCUCGAGGAACAAAAGAACAGCGCACGCGGUGGUGCAGGGACAGUAGGAGGAGCUUCGGGGGACGCCGGCCACCUCCCCUCCACGUCCUCCCUCCCUCUGCCCCAGCACUCCUCGCAGCCCCCUCCGGGCCUGGGGGAGCAGGGCGGAGGGGACCUGGCCGAUGCCCUGGCCCGGCUGAUUCUCGGGGCGGACCCGGCCAUCGCCCGGGCAUGCGGUCCAGCUGGGCCGGGGGACCGGUCGAGGGGACUCCCGGCGCCACCCUCCGUGCCCCAGCAGCACCAUCCGCAGGCGCACCCCCACCAGCUCCCCCUGGCGGGUCUGCCCCCUGGCCCGCCCCACCCCUCCCUGCUCAGCUACCAGCAGCACCAGCAUCUCCUGCGCCGAGGCGGACCUCCGAUGCAACAGGUAGACCUUACGGUAAACUCGCACAACAUCUGGGAGAGCAACAUGGGGUUUGGCCCAGUGAGCGUCACCCCUGGACUAGUCACUCACAUGGAGGACAAUCCACUACUGUCCAUCAUCAAAGAGGUGGGCCUUCCUUCACGGCCCCCACCAAUGAUGAGUGAGGAUGGGCGGGACUUGUCUGAACGGGUCCCCCCACCACGCUCGUCCUCUCCAGUUAUUGGUAGCCCUCCGGUAAGGGCGGUGCCUAUCGGGACUCCCCCCAAGCAGCCAAUGAGUCACGCUAUGAAUCAUCAUCAUCAGCAGCAGGUCCACCAUCCAACCGCCGUUCACAUUCGAGCCCCGGUCCACCACCGCUACCCCCCUCCCUUCCCCGAGCGCCUGUCCCCCAACACCCUUCUGAACAUUGCUAACUCCCCUCUGUGCCGUCCCCCAUUCUCUGCUGGAGUGGGCCCCGUUCUGUCCCAGCUCCAACGCGCCCAGAUGCUCAACUCUCAGGUUGCUGGUUUCCCCAGGGGCUGCCAGGGUCCACCGAUGCUCCCCGGCGGCGGAGGUUUCCGGCCCUUCUUCGGCCAGCCCCCGCCCCACCGCAUGGGCCCCCACCCCGGCGGGCCCCCUCCCAACCACAACCACGUGGCCUGCCCCGUCAUCCGGCACAACACCACGCACCUUCACCCCCAGCACCGCCGCAUACUCACCCAGAGAAUGCAGAGCCGAGGAGGGGACCGUGGCGGGCGAGUGGGCGACCGACGGAGCCGUGACCCCUACAGCAACCUGAUGACCCAGCGGGAGAAGGACUGGGUGGCCAAGAUCCAGAUGAUGCAGCUGCAGAGCACCGACCCCUACCUGGACGACUACUACUACCAGAAUUACUUUGAGAAGAUGGAGAAGAAGCAGGAGAGGGACAGGGACAGCAUCAGGAAGGAGCACACCACCAAACUGAUCACGCCUCAGGUGGCCAAGCUGGAACACACUUACAGACCAGUGCAGUUUGCGGGCUCGCUGGGUAAGCUGACUGUGUCCAGUGUCAACAACCCCAGGAAGAUGAUCGAUGCAGUCGUGACCAGUCGCACAGACGACGAGGAGAAGAGGGAGAAGCAGGUGUGGAAUAAGCGACGGCAGAUCCUGUACACCGUUGAGAAAAUGUACAGCCUGUUGCUGGAGGUGCAGGACUUUGAGAAGCGCUUCCUGCUGACGCCGGAGGAGCAGCGAGAGGCCUUGCUGGAGCAACACAAGACCCAAACCCUGCAGCUCUACGGCUCCCUCAAGGAGAAGGAGUGGGACGACCGAGUGAGCGACGAGCAGUGCCUGAUGAUCAUGUCGGUGCGGAAGGGGAAGCGCCUCAUCUCUCGGCUCCUCCCAUUCCUGCCCCAGCCGCAUGCCGCCGCCGUCGUCAUGGGGAUCGCCCGGAACCUGCCCACCCUGGCCAAGAAAGACCGACAAGACCAGGUGCUGUGCUGGUUGGUGGAACCCGUCGCCGCAGUGGUCUCGUCCCUGUCAAGCUCCGCCCUCACAGACUUGUUGCAGGAGCUGCAGGGCAGCGACGGUCAAUUGUCUAGAGUGCUGCAAAAUAAGUUUGGUGUGACGCUGCUGUACCUGAUCCUGAGUGAGGGGGAGCGAAUGCAGAGCUCAGACCCCAACUGUCAACUGAUGGACGACAAUCGGUGGACAGAGCUGGUGUUCUCUGUGACCAGGGAGCUGCUGAACGUCGCCCCGUCGUCCCUGGCCCCUCCCCUCUUCACCCCUCCCAACCUGCUGUCUCUCUUCUCGCGAUACGUCGACAGACAGAGGCUGGAGCAGCUGCAGGAGAAGUUACAGUGAGUGAGGUCUCGUUACAGAUCUCUGCAUUGUCCCGGUAGAAGUGUCUCCAGACAUCAAGAAACCCCCAGUUGAGGCGUGUGUGCGUGCGUGCAUGCGUGCGUGCUUGUGGGUGGGUGUAUGCGUGUGCUGGAGAGAGGUCUACUAGGGUUGAUGAUGAUUUUAAUCCAGCAGAAUCUCUUGUUGUUUCUUUUGUGUUUGUGUUAGUUGUCUGCGUAUGGGGAUAUGUGUGUGUUCAUGUAUAUUUGAGUGAGAGAUAUGAACUGAGAGAAAACAAUCUGCAUUUUUAAUUAUCUUGUUAACGUGGAUGCCUGUGAUAAACCGUCAGAUUAAAAAUAUUUCUAUUGUAAAA